UGAAGUUAGCGUACCGUCUUGGCAAUGGCUUCCACUUAGACCUAAAAUCAUCAAGGUUCUAAGUCAUCCCGUAAUAUAUCAUUAUCCAUUUAAAAUUUCUGACUUCUCAAAUUCUUAAAAGAUUGACUGUCUCUGUAUUGGAAAAGAAAACCAUUUUUUCUCCUUAAAUUGUUUGAAAGUUGUAGUUGCUCUGAUGAAUCAAAGGAUGAGGGCAUGAAAGUUGGUAGUUGGAAGUUUGGCUUCAUCGGAACCUUCCAGCUCUUCUACACCUCAACCCAAUAAUCUUUUAUCUAAAAUUCAUUCUUUUUAUUAUUUUUACCUAACCAUCCAUCGAUAAAAAUUUUGGGUGUUUUACAGAUGCUCAAAAUUUUGGAUUUUUAGUGGGUUCUGCAUACUUGAAAAAUAGAUUAUGUAGAAAUUUGAGACCGUGGCGAAGGGGGCAGUUACCUUUUGACUGUGGGUCACAUUGCAUGGCCAACAACCCAAACAAAAAAUUUCAUUUCCGGUCCACCGACCUGUUGAAAAAGACAAAGGGAAUGAAUGAAUGGUAAGUCUUUCCAAUGGUCGCGAUGUAUUUUUGGAAAAUGAGGAACUUAGUGGAAAACCAUUUUCAAAGUUUGAAACCAGCAAGAAAGUUAUAGUCAGAAGAGAAAACACCCGUGUCAUCUCCCCCUUCUAUGAUAGUAGAAUAGUAGCAUAUUAUAUGAGGGUUUUAGCCUUUUUAUUAUCUUAUGCGGGGGCAGAGCAAAUCCUUCUCUUUUUCUUUUUGGGUUUGAAGAAGACGAAGAAGGAGGCUCUGUGUUAGAAUUUUUCUUUUUUUGUUUUUCGGGUGAGUUUGAGAAUAUGAUAAGAUGGUGGAUAUUUGCUUUGCAAUUAGCAGAGCUGUUUAUUAGCGCAAUUGUGCAUGUGCUAUAUGCGUUUUGCAUAGUUAGCACGGUUGUGGCUGGUGACCUUUCUCAGGCUCUGAAUGAAUGGUUUUUUAAGCCUAAUGCAAGUAUAGAGGUGAAAAGAGAAGAUCCUAGUGGGACCAAUGUCGAUGAUCUGCCUCCUAUUGUAUUGGUUCAUGGCAUUUUUGGAUUUGGCGGAAGAUUGGGAGGUAUAUCAUACUUUGCAGGGGCAGAGAAGAAAGAUGAGAGGGUUCUUGUGCCUGAUUUGGGAUCUCUGACCAGCAUCUACGAUAGGGCUCGUGUAUUAUUCUAUUAUUUGAAAGGAGGGCAAGUUGAUUAUGAUGAAGAACACAGCAAAGCUUGUGGGCACUCACAGUUUGGACGAAUUUAUGAAAAGGGGCAUUACCCAGAAUGGGAUGAAGAUCACCCUGUUCACUUUGUUGGCCAUUCAGCUGGUGCUCAGGUUGUGCGUGUCUUGCAGCAGAUGCUUGCUGAUAAGGCAUUCAAGGGGUAUGAGAAUACUUCUGAGAACUGGGUAUUAAGCAUAACAGCCUUAUCCGGGGCAUUCAAUGGGACUACAAGAAUUUAUUUAGACGGAAUGCUGCCAGAAGAUGGGAGAACGAUAAAACCAUUAAGUCUAGCGCAGCUGGUCCGCUUAGCAAUUAUAAUUUAUGAUUGGUUGGAUAUCCGCUGGCUAAAGGCAUACUACAGUUUGGGUUUCGAACACUUUAACAUGUCAUGGAAAAAAGUGGGUCUUAGGGGUCUUGUUGACUGCCUCUUGGGGAAUGCAGGGCCGAUUGCUACUGGAGACUGGAUCUUUCCUGAUCUUACAAUUCAAGGGUCAAUAAGUCUGAACUGCCAUCUACAAACCUUCCCCAACACAUUCUAUUUCAGCUACGCUACCAAAUGUACAAGGAAGAUCCUGGGUGUCACACUUCCUUCUGGCAUUCUUUGUGUACACCCCAUGCUUUUUAUACGAGUAUUACAGAUCAGCCAGUGGCGUCAUCCUCCGGAUGUUUCUCCCCCUUUUAAAGGCUACAGGGACGAAGAUUGGCGGGACAAUGAUGGAGCUAUCAACACAAUAUCCAUGACUUACCCUCAGCUCCCAAUUGAACACCCAAGCCGUUUUGUUGUGAAUGAUUACGACUGCCAACCCUUGCAGCCGGGGAUAUGGUAUUACAAGAUUAUAGAGGCAGAUCACAUGUUGUUCAUUCUGAAUAGGGAAAGAGCAGGCGUUCAAUUUGAUCUGAUGUAUGACAGCAUUUUUGAGCGUUGCAGAAAACAUAUUGUUAGGGAGACUUUACAAACCAUACGCAAUCAAACUCCGUAAUAGUUUAGCACCUGUUAUUCUCACACACCUGCUGCAAGUCUACUACUGAUUUGUAGCAGCUCUCAUUAUGUUUCACCCCACAAUUUCUCUUCUCGUCUAUUUCAUUUUUCACUCCUUUUUACCCUCUUUUGACCUCCUAUAAAUGUAAUAUUUCACUUUCAUUUCUAUUUUUCCUAGUACUAAUUCACUAGGUUGUUGUUAUGUGAGGGACAUAACAAGCAUUGUCUUUAUAUCAAUGCUUUAUCUCACUAAAUUUACAUGCAUUUUGGUAGUGACAUUUUCAUAUCAUGUUUUUACGUGUUUUGCUUCCUUUCUGUUCAACCAAACUCUUUAAAAUAAAUUAUAUAAAAUCACGCGGAUUGAAAGUAACUCU